GUAAAAACAACCAUGGAUGUCGCUCGGAAAAUAAAGACUAAAGUGUCUACUGGCUUCAAGAUGAGGGGACUUAUACUUAGACCUGAAGCCAGCAGAUAUCUUGUGGAGGUCCUGGAGUCUGUCAAUGUCUCUGAACUGGAUGAUAUUAUUGAAAAGGUCCUGGAUGCAGUGGAGAAGCAACCACUGUCCUCGAGUAUGAUUGAGCUGUCUGUGGUGGAGAGUGCCGUCCAGGAUUGCACUCAGUCUUGUGAUGAAACCAUAGAUAAUGUUUUCAACAUCGUUGGAGCUUUUGAUGUGCCCAGAUACAUUUACAGUGUGGAGAGGAAGAAGUUUGUACCCAUCAGUAUGACAAGCCAUCCAGCUCCCAGUUUGUGUGGUUUGGCCAAAGACAAAGCUGAACUCUUCAGGGAGCGCUACACCAUCCUACAACAGCGUAUUCAUCGGCACCAGCUCUUCACCCCACCUGCAAUCGGAGCUGCGGUUGAAGAGGGUCAAAACAAAUUUCAGCUCAAGACAAUUGAAGCACUGCUCGGCAGCACAGCUAAACUGGGAGAGGUGAUUGUAUUGGGGAUGGUCACACAACUGAAAGAGGGUAAAUUUUACCUUGAGGACCCAAGUGGAACAGUACAGCUGGACAUGUCCAAAGCACAGUUUCAUAACGGCCUGUACACAGAAUCCUGCUUUGUACUAGCAGAGGGUUGGUAUGAGGACUCGGUUUUUCAUGUCAAUGGCUUCGGGUUUCCACCAACAGAGCCGUCAUCAAGCACAAGGGCUUACUACGGCAAUUUGAACUUCUUUGGUGGUCCAUCCACAACCUCAGUGAAGGCUUCAGCCAAACUGAAGCAGCUGGAGGAGGAGAAUGAAGACGCCAUGUUUGUAAUUGUCUCUGAUGUGUGGCUGGACAGUGUUGAAGUGAUGGAAAAGCUCAGCAUGAUGUUCUCAGGCUAUGCUUCGAUGCCUCCCACCUGUUUCAUUUUUUGUGGUAACUUCUCCUCUGCCCCGUAUGGAAAAGCACAGAUCAAAUCACUCAAAGAGUCACUGAAGGCUCUUGCCGAUGCUAUAUGUUCAUACCCGACGAUUCACAGCAGUUGUCGCUUUGUGUUUGUUCCCGGCCCUGAAGAUCCUGGUCCAGGAACCAUCCUGCCACGGCCUCCAUUGGCAGAUCACAUCACAGAGGAGUUCAGACAGAGGGUGCCGUUUUCUGUGUUCACUACGAACCCAUGCAGGAUCCAGUACUGCAGCCAGGAGAUCGUCAUCAUCAGGGAGGACCUGGUCAACAAGAUGUGCAGGAACUGCGUUCGGUUGCCCAACAACAAUCUUGACAUUCCAAACCAUUUUGUUAAGACCAUCCUGUCCCAGGGCCACUUGACUCCACUGCCUCUGUAUGUCAGUCCUGUAUUCUGGGCGUAUGACUACUCUCUGCGUGUCUACCCGGUCCCUGAUGUCAUAGUCUUUGCAGACAAAUACGACCCAUUCAGCAUCAAAAACACAGACUGCCUCUGUGUCAACCCGGGCUCAUUCCCAAGAAGUGGCUUCACAUUUAAGGUGUACUACCCCUCCAACAAAACUGUUGAGGACAGCAAACUUCAAGGACUCUAAAGAAAAAUGUGGAAUAAGAAGUGAAUCAUAUUCACUUGUACAUUACUCAUGUAUUAUACUGUAUUUUUCAAUGGAUUGGUAAUCGAAAUGCCAUGUAUGUAUGUUCUGUCAGGAUUAAUAAAGGUUUUAUUCUUUGUACUGAGAUCUUUGUGUAUGCAUAAUGAU